AUUUGAUUAGAACCCUUCAAAAAUAAACCAUAACCCAUGGCAGAAAAAAGAAAACCAUUCCGCUUUCGUCUCCCUUGGUCGAGCCCUCAACGCACCACACCCCAACCACAACGCCCUCGUCCGACAAGCAAAACCACCCGACCACCAUCACAGCCAACCACAGCGGUUCCCAUUCAACGACGUGCAAAAGUCGAGCCACAGUCAUCCCCCCCAUCAUCAUCUAGUGCAGCCGCCGAAGCCACAAAAACAUCACCUUUGGCUACGGAUGCUAAACAACCACAGUCAUCUCCUGCGGCAACCGAAUCUCCAAAGAUCACUUCCCCAUCAACUUCAUCAUCCGGUGCAACUACUAAACCACCAUCACCAUCUUCUGCAGCCGACGAUGCCCGGAAAGAUACUUCCCAUUCAACUUCUUCACCAUCCCGCACAACAGUUGAAUCCCCAAAAGCCAAUUCACAAACAUCUUCUUCACCAUCUGCUACAACUGCAAAACAAGCAUCACCAUCUUCUGCAGCCGCCGAGCCCCGGAAGGACACUUCACAAUCAGAUUCUUCACCAUCUAGUGCAACUGCCAUACCACCAUCACCACCUCGUGCAGCCACCGAGUCCCCGAAAGCUACUUCCAGGCCAUCACCGUCUCAUGCGGCAGCUGAAUCCCGAGUCGAUUUCCAGACUGUUUCGCCAUCUCAGAAGAGGGAUCAAAGCAAAGAAACCUUUGCAGCAUCUUCACCUUCAAAAGGAGACUCUUCCCCAUCUCGGGCGGCUUCUCAGGAAACUACUUCAGAAGUUUCUUCUCCAUCUCGGAAGGCUAAUCAAGAGGAACUAGCGCCAACAAAUGGUGUUGUCACUGAUCUGUCACAAAAGAAAUGGACGUCUCAAACUCCAUUGCAAGAGCCUGAACCAAUAAUGGAAAUUACAUCCGAGACAUCGGAGAAACCCGACUCUCGAGAUGAUGAAAAGGCAAGGGACGACAGCACAAAAGCUUCAAGCCCCGCAAAAGCCACGCCAGCUUCCGGAGAAGCUACAGAUGAACCUGUGAGUUCAAUUGCCGGAGAUCAAAAGCCUCGUUUAGAAUUUGAGAGAGAACCAAAGGAACCAAUUCAGGAAAUUCCCAAAGAAGAAAAAACGGCAAAAGCAACUGAUAAAGAAGAACCAACGCAGAAGACCGUCAUUGAAGCCUCAGGUACAAGAAAGGGCACCAAAGAAACGCACAACAUUGCGCGUAAAGCGCCAAGAAAGAAGCGAAAGCAAGAGACUUCGGAGAGAAAGGAAACAAUAACCAGCACCAGCUCUAUUGGGAAGCAAAUCAAAACUGUCAUUCCAUCACAACCAACAGAAGAAGCUCCACAACAACGAGAGAUCAAAAAAGAUAUUUUUAAGCUCGUUCGUACGUUGACUAUCAGACCCCGGUUCGAUGAAAAACCGGUCACUGUCGUUACCUUAACCGGUCAUAACAGAGGAGCUCUGAUGCAGUUGACCUCGGAAGCUGCAGAAAAGGAAGGCUCAAUCCACAUUCACCGUGGUUACCAGACUGACCCGGAUGAGAGCCAUGAAACCACCACUGAUGGAGAAGCAAGCAACAAUGGGAAGGAAUUCAAUGACCGGAUAGCCUCGGGGCCAAUACCUUGUCUUAACGGCAACGCGCAAAGCGUCAACAACUCCAUUGUCUUUGAAGCUUCGGUAACAGAACGAAGUCCCGGUGUUCAUCUGUCGUUUUCUCGGAACACGUCCUCAGAAGCCAUGAUCAACUCAAGCUCGUAAGGCUAAGCUUAUCCCAACUGCUUCUGAAAGGCUUACUCAGCAACCCAACGUUCGACAGUGAUGCCGCAGAGGGCUUUUCAUGGAACCAAGUGACUCCAACCCAGAUAAAUUCGGACAAGCCCCGUCGCCAUAGUUAUCGCUACAGCUGUGGGGAUCGAAACAAAGAUAAAGGAAAUAUGUAAUUCAAUAAACUGUGUAUAUAUAGCCUGGCCUUUGACAAUAAGGAGAAGAAUGAUACGAGUGUAUCUAUAAUCGCAUCCCUCUCA